UUGUCUGGAACAACUAGUUCCUGUUCGAAUGGUUCAAAGAUCUCUCUUCACCAACAGCCGCUGUUUUCGAGAGAUCGUGAAAAAUCGUUCGUCGGUUUCUUUGGAACUGGAGGUCCGAGCAAAGGGACUGUGAAUCGCCCUGGUAGAGCGAAGGAUGCGAGUCAGGUUGAGGUCAACGUUAAUCCGAGCUCUCAAAAUGGAACUCAUCUGGAAUCAGACGCUCCUGAAAUUAGGAAAUAUAAGAAGAAGUUUAGCGGAGAAAUUUUGUGUGCAGCUCUGUGGGGUGUGAACCUACUCAUAGGAACUGACGGAGGGCUCAUGCUAUUAGAUCGAAGUGGUCAAGGAAAAGAGUUUAUAUUGGUAACCUACAACUUUGCGAACAUA